GCGGACGCAGCCUGGGUAGUGACAGUCGCGUGAAGUUUGCGCAUGCUCAGUCCGACAUUUUGGAAGUCUUGGGAAGCUUUUAGUUCGGUUGCGUUUUUUCUUUUGCUUAUUUACGACACUUUGCUAGCUACCUUUUUCAGAAAUCACCCUUCAUUAUGGCGGAUCCAAGAAUACGCCAGAUAAAAAUAAAGACUGGGGUCGUGAAACGGCUGGCUAAGGAAGAGGUAUUGUACAUAAAGGAGGCCAAACAGCAGGAAGAGAGAAUCGAGCGCCUGAAAGCCGAGGCAGGGGACGAGUAUCUUAUCAAGAAACAGAUGGAGGUGUUGCAGGAGUCGAGAAUGAUGAUUCCAGACUGUCACCGCCGUUUAGCCAUGGCUCAUGCUGAUCUGCAGCAGCUGUUGGAAAUGGGGGUGGAUCUGGAAGAAUCGGAGGAAUACAAGGAGGCCAGAAGUGUUUUAGACUCUGUCAAACUAGAGGGAUGAUUUAGAAACACAUGCACAACGAUUGUCCAUUCCAUUAGUCAGGACUUCUUAAAAAUGUUGAUGCAGUCAUAAGUCAUUGUCUCUUUUUUGUAUUUAUUUUUAACACAAUAAAUGGCGUGCCUCUGCUUUCUCUGUUGAGUGUUCAAAUUUACAAUAUUAAAUAAAACAUUCUUACUGUACAA